AUGGAGUCUGAUCGGGACUUUAGUAGUGCUGCCACUGACCACGCUCUGGAUGGAUACAGCAUCGUCCAUUCACCGCCAUUUACUUUUCUGGUCGGCCCCAACCACACCAAGCUUACCAUCCAGUCCGGCCUCGCCCGUCAUGUCUCCCAGCCACUCGACCAUCUCAUGAACAGUGGGGAGACCCGCGAGUCAAAGCAUCACAUCGCUGUCCUAGAAGAGUAUGACGUCGAAACUUUCGUCGCCUUCUGCGAGUACGCCUAUACCGGCGACUACCGUGUGCCACCCCCGGGGUCGCGCGAAGAGGACCGUGAGGAACAGGCCGUGAACAAUCCCUUUCGCGGCGUUUUCUCCAACGAUCCUUCCAGCCCAGCAGCCAUUCCUCCGCGGGCCCCGACACCCCCUGGUCGACCGGUAGACCAACCCCAUGGGGACGACCACGACAAGUCUCUGGAUGAUGGGUGGAGUCGUCCGGACGAAGAGCACAGGCCCGCUGUAGUGGAGCACAGUUUCCCGGGCAAGGAUGACGACUGGGAGUGUGCCAUUGCUGAUGAUGAGCCUCAAGAACCAGUACCUGCGACAAAAGAGGCAAGCGAGCAGCCUCCUCCAACUCCCGCAGCGGAGCAGAAUGACGGCGAUGGAUGGGACGCCAUUGGAGAUGAUGCAUCCAAGGGAAAGAAAGAGGAAGCCGCGCCCAACCUGACACCUCCAUCCACGCCACCCCCCUCGAACUCGAAGCCGGAAGAGGAGGCCGCCAAUCCUGCUUCUGAAACCAACGCAGUGUCUGAGGAUGUCACUCCAGCUCCUGAGACUGUAGAGGCACCUCCUGCUCCGGAGCCAGCUGAUACUGCGGCUGCGGCCUCAUCGCCCACCGAGAGCUGGGAGCACACUGCGCCCACGCCUCCAGAAGAUGGGGGAGACGCCCCCAGCAAAGAGGACAACAAAGACCAGAAGGAAGAGACACAGCAGAAAGAGAGGGAAGAGUCCAAAGAGCACCAGGGAGUCACGGCCAGACGACAGACGGGUCCAAUGAUCGACACCUCCUUCGCCAGGCAGCAGUACUCCCGGAUGAACGAGAAAGGAACCAGUCUCUGGGACGAGUUCUCAGCCAUCGACUACGUCGACCCCCGCUCUUGCUCCGUGACGAGGCCUCCAAGCGUCAUGUCUGCUCGGUCCCCGUUUGAGCUGCCAUACCUGGUCUUCCAUGCCAAGCUGUACGUCUUUGCGACCCGAUACUUGAUCCCUGCGCUGGCCCAGCUCUGUCUCCGCAAGCUCCAUCGCGACCUGCUGUACCUGGGAUUCGCGGAAUCGAGCAUCGAGAGUGAGGACGAGGAGCAGCAUAGCCUCAACACCACCAAGGCCAGAAAGGUCCUUGAUCUCCUGCACUACACGUACACCAAGACUACUCGUCUGGAGCCGAUCACCCCCACGUCCGCUACACAGUUGCGGGAUAACGAGCUACGGAAGCUGGUCGUGCACUUUGCUGCCUGCAAGGUGCGUGAUUUGGCGGCCUACUCUCCGCCAGUAGAGAGUGAUCUUGUAUCUCCGUCGGGCAAGCCAUUGAAGCCUUCCGCGCGGGGCUUCCGUGCCUUGCUGGACACCACCACCGAGCUUGCUUCGGACCUGGUGUAUCGGAUGAUGAUGUGA